CUUGAGUUAGUUAUUAAUCGUUUCAUAACGUGGACAUCAUUUAAUGUUGAUACGAACAUGGAUAGUAACAUAUUCUUGAUAUUCUUGUUAAUUUGCGUGACUAAACUUUGUAUAGUCGAUUUACAACCAGUUCGGACCUACAAGGGGAAACUGAACCCUAAUGACACCCAAGUAGUGGAUUUCGCUAAAGAAGGCUUCCAGGAGUUUUUCAAAGGUCUCAAUAAUACGGGUCCGCCUAGCCCAUAUUCGCUGAAGGUGCAAAAAGCUGAGGUUCUGCGAUUUGGUGAAGAAAAACGGUACACGAUUUUGGUAAAAUAUACCGUUAAAUUCAAAGAGCAGUCUUAUGAAUAUUACUGUCAUUUGCUUGCUCGAACAACGGAAAACAGUCCAAUCUUCAUAAGGUGUUUCAACUCAGAUCCAACGACCAUCCUAUCACGAAAUGCAGUUUGGGCUUUUGAAUCGCGUAAGCGUAUGAUCACUCAACAGCCUAUGAAGCAAGUCUACGAAUUCUACAACAAAACUAUGUAGUACAAGAUGGAAAACUAUUUGUUUAAAACAUCAGAUUAUUGUUUAAAAUAAAAAAUAA